CUUGAAAUUCAUUUUUACACUAGGAAUAAUUUAAAUUUUAUUUAGUUUUCUAUCGAUGCAUUUGUCUAUAAAAUCAUGAUUAAAACAAUAUCACUGUAUAAAAUGAUCACAUUUUCAAAUGUGUCAUUCUACAGCAAACAAGCUAAGUCAAAACCUAAAAAGAAAUUAAAGUGUAAAUCUAAGGAAGAAGAAAACCAACCAAAAUCCAAGAACUUGCUUGCACUUAAAGAUCCACCAAUUAAAGAUCUUCAAGAGGCAAUUGAAGGAAAGAGAAAAAUUGAAGAGAUUGAUGUUCCUAUAGACCUUGAAAACCUGAAGGUGCUGGGGGACAUGCCGGAAGAGUAUCGGAAGCGACGAGUUGCCCGGAUAUACCAGCGGUCCAAGAACGUUAUGCAGCAAGGAAUACACAAUACGAUGGACUGGAUCAUGGACUUCGGCACUGAGCAGCGCUGGGAGAAUCCAACCAUGGGCUGGUGUUCCAGUGGUGAUAGCCUAUCCAACUUUCACAUGGUUUUUCCUAGUAUGUGCGCAGCAAUUUGCUUUGCAGAAAGACAAGGUUUUCGAUGGGUCCAUGAAAAACCACUCGUAAAGAAAAAAUUUAAAAAGUCGUACAGUGACAACUUUACUUGGAAGAAGAGGACGCGGGUUUCAACAAAAUAAAUCACAAAAUCAAAUAUGAACUGGUACUUUCUACUUGGAUUUAUAAUUGCUUGAUUUGCAUUAAAUCCUGACGUUUAAUUUUUCAA